GAAACAGAGUGCUGAGGACAUGUCUGCAGCAGCGGCAGCAGCAGCAGCUUCGUCUGGCACAAAGCGUAAGUGGCCUGCCGAUGGCGCCGAUGAGGACAGCGACGCGCGCGGCGGCAUUCUCGCCAGCCUUCAGCAUCAUGGGCGCCUCGGCGAUGCACUCCAGUCGAUGCUGGAAGAGCUCGAGGAGCGCGAGAGGGCCAUGGGCGGGGCCGCUGCAGCGCCAAACAAAGCAAGUGUGUGACAUCCUCUCUCUGUUUGGGUGUCGUCGUGUGUUGAUUGCAGGAUGAGUUGAUGAAGGAGGUGUUGGAGUUCAACCUGAGCGGCGAACUGUUCCGCGCCCGCCGGUCGGCCCUCUGUGCGGCCAAGGGCAGUGUGCUGGCGGUGAUGUUCUCGGGCAAGUUUGACAUCGCGUUUUUCCGUGAUGAGAAGAAUCGCAUAUUCUUGCCCGUCUACGGGCCCGCCUUCAAGUGGUGAGAGGGGCGGACGAACACUGGAGGGACUGGCGGAUGGGGUGUGUGUCAUGUCGGUUUUGUGUGUGUGUGUGUGUGUGUGUGUGUGAUCUGAUCAGGUUGGUUGGAGAGCUCAUACUGUAUUCGGGCGAGCAGGUCGACAACGUGACCCUGACACCAGCCAGACAGACUGAUGCGCCAUACAAGUGAGGAAGGAAAGGCCAAGGCCUAUUCGCUCGCUAUGUGCGUGCGCAUGUUCCCGCCAUCGUCAGGUACUGGGCCGAGUUGCUGCUGUUCGACCCCUCCACGAAGCGGCGCAGCAACGACGGUGCGGUGGCGGCAGGAGGAAACGACCGGCAGCGCCCCGCACAAGACGGCCAGCAGGGAGGGGGGCAGCCAAAGGGCGAUGCCGAGGACCUCUCUGUUGAGCUGACCAGUAUGAUCAGGCGGGCCAAGGCGGACAAGGUUGCGCAGGAGGCGAGGCUCGACGCCAUCAAACCGCUGCUGAAGACGGGCAAUAUGGAGGACGAUACGGUGAGACGAACGACAAAGACAGAACAGCAGAGGGAGCCAACCACAAUGAUGUGCUCUGUUUCAUUUCUCUGUGUCCUCAGUUGGUGUCGAUUGAUGUUCUCGGUCAGCGGGUCACCGUGACGACUGGCGUAGCGAAAUCGCUGGGCGACGACUCGACGUUCGCAAACCGAUUCCUCAAGUACACACAAUGACAACCCAAUGGCCACGACACACACUGAUGGUUGGCGUAUUGCCGUGGUUUGUUCGUUAAGGUAUGAUCCUCUGGCGGUCGAUGUGCCGGCCGAGUAUGUGCAGCGAGUGGUGGACAUCGUCGUCCGUGCCCACAUGGAGGAGGGGGCGGCCAUCACAGCGGCUGACGUGCAGGGGGCGAGGGGUGACCUGGCCAUCAAGGGAUACCGACACGCACUCACCAUGUAAGAGCGGCGAGAACACACACACAGAGCUGCUCGCCACACAGUGCCCCGACGGCUGCUCUCUGUCUGUGUGUGUUGGUUUGUCUCAGGUACGGUUUGGAUAGCGAUCGCUAUUUGGGCCCCGCUGACGGCCUCCUGACCACCGAGCACCUGCACAAGAUCCGGCAGUGGUGUGAGGGCGAGGAGGUCGCCCCCGCACACAUCCCGUCGUGUGUGGGCGAGCCGGUCAUCCGCAUAUACAAGUGAGAAGGGCAGCCGACAGAUGUGAGCAUGACGGCAUCCUCUCAUCAUGCCUCUGUGUCCUGAUGUGUGUGUCAUGGCAGGGCGACUGUGGAUGGUUGGAGGUGGUUGGAUUUCUUCGGUGCCGUCAAGGGCCACUCCCCACUGCUGCUCAUCUUCAAAGUGGCCGACAGCAAUGAGCUCUUCGCCAUCAUCAUCGAGGGGCCCAUCGAGGUCACCGGACCGGCGCAGAGCCGCAGCGACACGAUAUCAUAUGCCUUCAAGCUGCGUGGGACAGACAGCCAUCCAUACGUGGGCUACAUCGGCUGGCGCAGCGACAUCGAAAUCGCGGGCACACAGGUGGGUACUCAUCCGAACCAGCAACGCAGUCAUGGUAAUGGUCCCGUCCCUCCAUCCAUGUGUGCAGGAGAAAGUCACCGAGUUCAUCGAUUUCUCUUCGCCCGACUCCGAUGUGACGGCCGUCCUCGCCACGGCAUGGUUCUCCUUCGGUAUCCGUCCGGCUGCUCAGAUCGGCGCCCCAGCAGCAGCCAGCGAUGAAACGAUGAAGCGCUGCCAGGGCUACAUCCUGGUGGAGAAUCAGGACGACGAGUGGUGGCAGUGGGAGCGGCUGAGUGUGAGGCCGAGCGACCACGGCGGUGUCAGUGACCGAGUGUUCCUGCCUGUGUCAGUGAAGGGAUGGCAGUUUGAGAUCGAUGAGCUGGAGGUAGUCAAGCUGGCGUGAGGGAGGGAGGGUGGAGGGGGGCUGCAGACGCGUGUGUGCGUGUAUUCGUGACGGACAUACGCGUGCCUUCCCAUCUACUAGUUGUACA